AUGGCCACAGCAGUGAGCGGAGAGGGUCUCGUCAUCCCCCUCAUCGACUUCUCGGCCUUCCUCCAUGGCGACGCCGCCCAGCGUCAGGCCACGGCCCGCGAGAUCCUCCACGGCUUCCAGACGGCCGGCUUCAUCUACCUCAAGAACCACCCGAUCGACGAGGCGACGCUGGCGCGCGCGUUCGCCGCCUCGGCCGCCUUCUUCGCGCAGCCCGACGAGGCCAAGCUCGCGCUCGGCUGGACGACGCCCGAGGCCAACAGGGGCUACUCGGCGCCGGGCCGCGAAAAGGUCAGCCAGCUCACCGACGUCAGCGCCGUGUCGGCCGUGCGGCAGGCGGCGCCGGACCUGAAGGAGUCGUUCGAGAUGGGACGCGAAGGCGUGCCGGGGCACCCGAACCAGUGGCCGGGCGAGGGCGACGCCGCGGCCGGCGUCGCGGGCUUCCGGGCCGCGAUGCUCGCCUUCUUCGCGCGCUGCAAGGCGCUGCACGUGGACGUGAUGCGCGCCAUCGGCGCCGGCAUGGGCCUCGCCGACGGCUUCUUCGACGGCUUCACCGACGACGGCGACAACACGCUGCGGCUGCUGCACUACCCGGCCGUCGACCCGGCCGUGUUCCGCGUGCGCCCGGGCCAGGUGCGCGCCGGCGAGCACAGCGACUACGGCUCCAUCACGCUGCUGUUCCAGGACGCGCGCGGCGGCCUGCAGGUGCGCGGGCCCGGCGGCCGCUUCGUCGACGCGACGCCCAUCCCCGGCACCGUCGUCGUCAACGCCGGCGACCUGCUGGCGCGCUGGAGCAACGACACCAUCCGCAGCACCGUCCACCGCGUCGUCGAGCCGCCCGGCGGCGGCGCCGACGGGGACGUGUACCCGCCGCGGUACAGCAUUGCGUACUUUUGCAACCCGAAUUACAAGGACUACAUCGAGGCGCUGCCGGGGACGUACGCGUCCGAGGCGGAGAAGAAGUAUGAGGGCAUCAACAGCGGGGAGUAUCUGGUGCAGAGGCUGACGGCUACGUAUUGA